CUUUAGCUUCUGACAUGGCCACAGCCUCACCAAGAUCUGAUACCAGUAACAACCAUAAUGGAAGAUUACAGAUGCAAGUAACUAUUUCUAGUGCCAAACUGAAAAGGAAAAAGAACUGGUUUGGAACAGCCAUUUAUACAGAAUUAGCUGCAGAUGGAGAAAUCAAGAAAACAGCAAAAUCAAAUAGUUCUUCAAAUCCAAAAUGGGAUGAACAGUUGACUGUGAAUGUGACUCCACAGACUACGUUGGAAUUUCGAGUGUGGAGCCAUCACACUUUAAAAGCUGAUGUUUUAUUAGGAAGAGCCACUGUAGACUUGAGACAAGCUUUGGAAAUACACAACAGAAAAUUGGAGGGGGUGAAAGAACAAUUGAAACUCUCCUUAGAAAACAAGAGUGGCAUGGUGCAAACAGGUGAACUGACAGUUGUGCUUGAUGGUUUGGUUGUUGAACAAGAAUCUCUUACAAACUGCAGUUCACCAGCAGCCAUAGAAGUCCAGCAAAAUGGUGAUGCUAUACAUGAAAACAGAGAAAUUUUGGCAAGAACUACAUCCAGAUCUACCUGUGACAUGUCUAAUGGAAUAGACAAUCAAACUCCUUUAAACUCUGUAAUACAGAAUGCAUUCUGUAUACAUGCUGUUAAUGGAGACAGCACUUCAUCUCCUUCUCAUGUUGCAGUCAGUCCCAAAAUUACACCAGUACCAAAACCACUUUCAACCCAACCUGCCAACAACACUGUUAAUGGUGAGUCAUCGUCAUCUGCACCGGAAGCUGAUAAUUCUGCCUCUGAGGCUUUUAUGGGUUCUGUAGAAACCCCCAUGUCUACAGAUUGCACUAACACAAUUACAGAACCUCCAUCAACAACAGAAGCAAUUAGUUACUCUGAAAACAGCACAUCUUGUACAGUCCCCAUUAUGUCUGCUGGACUUGAAGCUGUAACUACCACAGACUCUGAAUCCUCUAAUACCAGAAGCAGCGCCACUGCAGAAGCAGCAAAACCAAGGGAAUCUUCAAGUGCAUCUGGGGAACCUGUGAGACAGCAGCCUGGUAGUACCAGUACAGAACCUUUGCCACCAGGAGAUGUCUUUUGUUUAAGAUGGGAACAGAGAAAGGAUCCUCAUGGUAGAACCUAUUAUGUUGAUCACAACACACGAACUACGACAUGGGAAAGACCACAGCCUUUACCGCCAGGCUGGGAAAGAAGGGUUGAUGAUCGUGGAAGAGUUUACUAUGUGGAUCAUAACACAAGAACAACAACAUGGCAGCGACCAACCAUGGAAUCGGUCAGAAACUUCGAGCAGUGGCAGUCUCAACGUAACCAACUACAGGGAGCUAUGCAACAAUUCAACCAACGAUACCUCUAUUCGGCUUCAAUGUUGUCAGCAGAAAAUGAUCCACUUGGGCCUUUACCACCAGGCUGGGAAAGGAGAGUGGAUUCAAAUGAUAGGGUGUACUUUGUGAAUCACAACACCAAGACAACACAGUGGGAAGACCCCCGAACUCAAGGUUUACAAAAUGAGGACCCACUUCCUGAGGGCUGGGAAAUCAGAUACACUAGAGAAGGUGUCAGAUAUUUUGUUGAUCAUAACACAAGGACAACAACCUUCAAUGAUCCUCGAACUGGAAAAUCCUCUGUAAAUAAAGGCCCACAAAUUGCUUAUGAACGUAGCUUUAGGUGGAAACUUGCUCAUUUCCGUUACUUGUGUCAGUCAAAUGCAUUGCCGAGCCAUGUAAAGAUUAAUGUAUCCAGACAGACACUGUUUGAGGAUUCCUUCCAACAAAUCAUGGCUUUAAAACCUUAUGAUUUAAGGAGGCGAUUAUAUGUUAUAUUCAGAGGUGAAGAAGGAUUGGAUUAUGGUGGUUUGGCAAGAGAAUGGUUUUUCUUACUUUCCCAUGAAGUUCUAAACCCUAUGUACUGUCUAUUUGAGUAUGCUGGCAAGAGCAACUACUGUCUGCAGAUAAAUCCAGCAUCAACAAUUAAUCCAGAUCAUCUUUCAUAUUUCUGUUUCAUUGGGCGCUUUAUUGCUAUGGCAUUGUUUCAUGGCAAAUUUAUUGACACGGGUUUUUCUCUGCCAUUCUACAAGCGCAUGCUAAGUAAGAAACUUACUAUUAAAGAUUUGGAAUCUAUUGAUACUGAAUUUUAUAAUUCCCUAAUUUGGAUAAGGGACAACAACAUUGAAGAGUGUAAUUUAGAAAUGUACUUUUGUGUUGACAUGGAACUUUUGGGAAAAGUUACUUCUCAUGAACUGAAAUCAGGAGGCUCAAAUAUCUUGGUAACUGAGGACAACAAAGAAGAAUACAUUGGCCUAAUGGCAGAAUGGCGUUUUUCUCGGGGAGUAAGAGAACAAACCAAAGCUUUCCUUGAUGGUUUUAAUGAAGUUGUUCCCCUUCAGUGGCUACAGUAUUUUGAUGAAAAGGAGUUGGAGGUUAUGCUCUGUGGCAUGCAAGAGGUUGAUUUAGCAGAUUGGCAAAGGAACACCGUUUAUCGUCAUUAUACAAGAACUAGCAAGCAGAUCGUAUGGUUCUGGCAGUUUGUAAAAGACACAGACAAUGAGGUUCGCAUGCGACUGCUGCAAUUUGUCACUGGUACUUGUCGGUUACCACUGGGAGGUUUUGCUGAGCUCAUGGGAAGUAACGGUCCUCAGAAAUUCUGCAUUGAAAAAGUUGGCAAGGAAACCUGGUUACCGAGAAGUCAUACUUGUUUUAAUCGUUUGGAUCUGCCUCCAUAUAAAAGCUAUGAACAGCUGAAAGAGAAGCUGCUCUUCGCAAUUGAAGAAACAGAGGGAUUUGGUCAAGAGUAG